GAUCACGGAGAAGAAAGCAGGAGAUCGAGGAAAGCAGUAGAACGCAGUUUACAGGCCGAGCCAGGAUCUCUCUGUCUGAGCGGGUGAGCGUGUCCCUGAAAGUCCGGGAGAUGGGGGGCCGCGUCUCGGCGCAGGAGCCCGAUCAACUCAGCCCGAGUGAGGAGCAGGAGAGCGGCCAGGAGAGGCAGCACACCGAGGCACUGGACGGCAGGGCUGCUCAGAAGAAUGGCCAGAUUUCUGGAAUUCAUAGCAAUUCAGAGGAUCAAGAGCCACCUGAUGGAAAAGUGGAGCAUCUGAAUGGGCUCCAGGAGGAAGCUGUUCCUGGCGAAGUUGAACCACCAAGCAUAACGCGAGAGGAGGACCCAGUGGAAAUGGAUCUUGAACAGAAGGAAACUCUUCCCGCCAAAACCAAAGAUGAGGAGCCGAGAGAUUCCCAGGAAGAUGCCAGUCCUCCUGUAGAAAUUGGAGAGGAGGCACAGGCUGGUGAGGUCGGCUUCAAGAAGGUCUUCAAAUUUGUCGGCUGCAAGUUCACAGUGAAGAAGGAGAACCCAGUGAAGCUGGAACCUGUGCAGUUGCUGACUGUGAAAAAGGACGAAGAUGGCGAGGCAGAUGGUGAAUCCAAGCAAGAAAUGGGAGGAUUGAAAAAUGGCGACCUAAGUCCAGCCGCUCAUGAAGCGGAGGGAAGUCCACCUGAAGUUCUCACUCCUGGAGAAACAGAAGAGUCUACCGACCAAGUGGAGCCGAAACGCACUGCUCCUGAGGAGUCAGUGGAAUCUGCUGACAGUCCAGUCGAGAGUCCUGCAAUGGAUUCUCCACUGAAGAGAUUUUUUAGACAAGGCUUUUUCUCAGUGUUGCGAAGGAAGCCAAGCUUCAAGAAGGCUAAAGAUGAGCCCCUGGUUGUUGGGGAGAAGCCCGAAGUGAACGGGGAGCAAGUUGUUGCCGCUGGAGACGUUAAUGGUGGGGAAGGCGAUCAUGGACCUUCAAAGGAGCCUUCUGCGUUGCAAAAAGAUGCUGAAAUCUUGGGUGCCUUCCUGGUGGAAGAAAGAGAGAGAGACGAUGACUUUGAAGACCUCUCUGUGGAACUAGCCAAAGUCAGGGAGGCAGAAGAAAGGCUGAUGGGGAAAGGCAGCGUGUCUGCAGUAGAUGACAGACAGCCUUGCCCUGAAAUGAAGAUGGCUGCCCCAGCCUUGGAUAUGGGUCAGGCGGCCCAGCUAACCUUGCAGAGCCCUUCAGCUGAGAGACCGGUGAAGCCAGAAUUUGCCCCUGUCGAAGUCUCAGCAGAGCUUCAAGCAGGACAGACUGACUUAGGCCCAGAUCGAACACAAGUCAAGGCCCCGGAGCCUAUAGUGGGUGAGGCGGAGCUCCUGUCUUCCCAGGAAAAGGCCAAGCUGCAGGGCAGCCCCCUGAAGAAACUCUUCACCAGCAGCAGCAUCAAAAAGCUGUCUGGGAAGAAACCAAAAGCCGCCAAGGGGGAGUCCAAACCGGGAGAUGAAGAGGAGGAGGCACGACUUCAGUCCUCCACUGAAUCGGAGGGCAGUCCAGAUGGCCAGAAGGCGGACACUCCUCCUUUAACUUCCCCUGAAGAAGUGAAUGGGACAGUCCCUGCGGAGACUGCAGAAGCCACCAAUCCUGAGGCGGAGGGAAUGAACGGAGCUGCCGACGGGGAGAGGAAGAAAGAGAGCAUCACUGCGUGGGCUUCAUUUAAAAAGUUAGUGACGUCGAAGAAGCGCCCCAAAGUACCGUCCGAGAAUGACCGAGAGGACGAGCAGACUGACAAAGUGAAGAGUGUGGCUGCCUCUUCCAACGAGAGUGCCAGUGCCGCCCCAGCCGAGCUUCAAGAAGAAGCGAAACUAAAUGCUGAGGACCUGAGUUUGGAGCGCAGCACUGAGGAUCCCAAAAAGAAAGCGGAUGUCCCUGUAUCCUGGGAGGCUCUGAUCUGUGUUGGUUCCUCCAAAAAGAGAGCAAGGAAGUUGUCCGACUCAGAGGUCCCACAGCUGGACGAGGAGCUCCAAAGGUCACCUGAGGCGGUCGCCCAAGUGCCGGAUAGUGCUGAGGAAUUGAGAGCCAGCGUUCCGCAGGAUACAGAUCAGGAGCAAGGUGGGACAUCUCCGGAAGGUGCUGUGAGCAGCCCAGUGGAGGGGGACGUGUCUGAUGGCGCCAUCUCCACGUGGGAAUCCUUUAAGAGGUUGGUGACCUCGAGGCGCAAGUCCAAAUCCAAGCUCGAAGACCGUGCAGACGAAUCUGUUGCCGUCGUCGCCACCGAAGCUGCUGUCCCUGAGACUGAGCAACAGGCCAAGGAGGAGUCAUGGGCUUCUCUGAAAAAGCUGAUUCCAGGCCGAAGGAAGAAGAGGUCCGAUGCCAAGGCUGACCAGCUUCCGGCAGAGGACCUUGGAAAAGACACCAAGCAGGCAGAGGUGGGAGUGAGCAGGAGUGAUGAUGAGUCUGAUACACCAGUAGUGGUUCCCCUUUCUGAAUAUGACGCUGUUGAAGAGGAGAGAGCAGCUGAGGAGCAGCAGCUAACAGUAGGCAUGAAUGCUGUCCACAAGGAUGAACUUCUAACCAAGUCGGGAGCUCCAGCUGAAGGCGGGGAACUGAGCGCCGGACAAGCCAUUACCAUGGACCGGGGAGCUUUAGAGAGCAUCAGAAGCAGCAUUGAUGAGAGAUCGCCAUCGUGGAUAUCAACUGCAGUCUCAGACAUCAUUGAGAAGACGGUUGAAGACGAAGGUAAAAUAGUUGAAGAAAUCAUGGAAGCAAUGGGACAACCGGAGCAUGGUGAUGCUGCUUCAUUGGCAGAUCAAGCCAGAACAGUCUGUCCCAAUGAGAUUGCCAAAGAGGCCCAGGUGAGCUCCGAGGUUGCCGUGGCACUGGAGUACCCGGCUGAGGAGUCCCUCACCGAGGAGACUGCCGAGAUGGUGUCAGCCGUCUCGCAGCUGACGGAGACUCCGGUGACGACGGCAGAAAGCACCCCUGUGCCAGAUGAUGAGGUCCCAGUAACCAGGCAAACCCACGAGGUGCUGCAGGAGGCUGCUGAAAAGGUGAAGCUGUCAGCCAGGCCACUUGCUCCCCCCCGCAAAGUUGCGGCUGCCCCAGAGAUUCCAGGCAGCGACCAGGAUUCCACGGAAAAAGUACGAGAGGAGGCGGUCGGGACCUUGCGUGAAACUGAGAUGUCAGAGCCUGCCGGGAAAGGAGAAACUGGAAAAUCUGACGCUCCUUCUGCCUCUGAAGGCACUAUCCGGGUGGCAGAUAGCGAAAGUCCGCAGCUUGAGAGGGUCGAGCAGACAAAAUGUGAAAUGCUAGAGGUUUCUGCUGCUCAAAGCAUUGAGUCUGAAAUGAUUCCUCCACCAGAUGAUGCUGCUGCUGUUGGGGUUCUACAGGGCGUGGAGGGUGAUGCCGCACAUGUAAGCAAGUUUGACACUCUGCUAGCGGAAAAGAUUGGAGAACCCUUGAGUUUGGUGGACCAAACUCAUGCAGAAACUGCCUGCGAGGUUGAAACGGGAAUAUCUGAACCCAGAGUGAAGCUGGUAAUGGACCAAACUGAGACUGGACUUGAGACCUUGGAAGUCAGUCAAGCAGAGGAUGUUCUGAAGACAGAAGCUCCACUUGAAAAGUCCAAAGCUGCUGAGACAAGUUGCAGGGAAAAGGUUCUGACAGGAGAUGAAGAGCCUAUCAAAGCUGUUACUGCAGAAGUUCCUGGGAGGCUAGAAGUCAAGCAACUUGCUGAAUGUAGAGACGUCACAGUUGGAAUUCCAACAGAAUCUGCUGAGGAGGCCACAUUGGAGCAAACAGCAAUUGCAGAAGUUGCUCGUCAGAUGGCUGUGGGAAAUGUUGAGGCUGUAUCUGAAGAGACUAUUGGAAACAUUCAUGAGAUUGUUGAGGAGGUGGGAACAGAAGAGCGUGUGAUUGAAUGCAGAGAGACUCUAGCCAGUACGAAGGAGGAUAAGGUUGAGCCAGUUUCUGAACAGAGCAUGAAAAUCAUUCCAGCAAAUGUGGAAAUGAAUGCAACUGCGGCUGGAGUUUGUGAAGAAAGCAUUGGAGUUACUCCAGUCGUAAUAGUGACAGAGUUGUGCAGCGAGGAGAUGGUGCAAGUGGGCCCAGAUGUGAGUGUUUCUCAAGUUGGUCUCAGUGAGGAGACCAUUGAAGUCACUCCGGUAAUAACAUUGAUGCAAGUUGUAUCGAGUGAAGAAACUGUUAAAGAUACCUCCAAUGUGGAAGUGACUGAGGCUGAACUUGGUGAAGAGACUAAGCAGACCACUCCUGUAGUAGAAGUAACAGAGGUUCUACCUGGUGAACAGACUACUGACAAAAUCAGUCCAGAAAUGAUGACAGCGGUAGUGUGUACUGAACAGACUGAUGCUAGUCCGGUUGUCACGGUGACGGAAACAGUACGGGGUGAAGAGACGGAUAGUGCCCCUCCAGUUGCCGUGGUGAUGGAGACAGUACGCGGUGAAGAGACAGUUGGUGUCGGUCCGGUGGCCAUGGCGACGGAGACAGUAUGUAGCGAAGAGACGGACGGUGCCAGUCCGGUUGCCACGGUGACAGAGAUGGUACGCGGUGAAGACACUGACGGUGCCAGUCCGGUUGCCAUGGUGAUGGAGACAGUAUGUAGUGAAGAGAUGGACGGUGCCAGUCCGGUUGCCACGGUGACAGAGAUGGUACGCGGUGAAGACACUGACGGUGCCACUCCGGUUGCCACGGUGACGGAGACAGUAUGUAGUGAAGAGAUGGACGGUGCCAGUCCGGUUGCCAUGGUGAUCGAGACAGUAUGCAGUGAAGAGACAGAUGGUGCCAGUCUGGUUGCCACGGUGACAGAGAUGGUACGUGGUGAAGACACGGACGGUGCCACUCUGGUUGCCACAGUGACGGAGACAGUAUGUAGUGAAGACACAGUUGGUGCCAGUCCAGUUGCCAUGGUGACGGAGACAGUACGUAGCGAAGAGACGGACAGUGCCGGUCCAGUUGCCAUGGUGAUGGAGACAGUAUGCAGUGAAGAGCUGGACGGUGCCGGUCCGGUUGCCAAGGUAACGGAGACAGUAUGCAGUGAAGAGAUGGGUGGUGCCGGUCCGGUUGCCAUGGUGACGGAGAUGGCACGCGGUGAAGGGGCAAUUACAAAACAGGAAGAGAUUGUACAUAUGGUAACAAAUGAUAAAAUAGUACAGGACCAAAUCAAGACUAUGCAGAAGGUUGUCGAUGCUCAUGAGCCUGUGUUAUCUAUUGCAGUGGAUGUGGGAACUGAAAUGAGUGGGUCUGUGUGUGAAGAGAUGAUGUCUGUUGUUUCAAGAGUCAGGGAGCAGGGAACAAAGGAACAAAUAGUUGAAAUGCUGACUUCACCGAAGGAAGUUGUACAGCAACAGUCAAAUAUUGUAGAACUAUCCAAAGAAACAAUUCAGACCUCCAUAACUGAGAGAACAGUAAUUGAGGUUGUGAAGAACAUCGACACAGAAAUAGGUGAUAAAUUUGAAGUUGCACAUCUUGAGGGUGCUGUCAAGGAAACCCAUGUUGAGCUUCAAAGUGAAACUGGUAUAAUUGCGAUAACACAGGUAGGAAGGGAAGUGGACCAAUAUCUGACUAAAGAGGAUACCAUGGCCAUGCUAUCCAAAGAGAAAUUUGAAGUUUUGCCAGACGGACCAAUUGGAAAAACCGUUACCAUAGAGUUUUCAGCAACUGAGGUGGUUGAGUCAGAAGCCAAAGAUCAUGAAACACUAAGUUGUGUUACUGACAAGCCUCAGAGCAUAGCAACUGAAGAGGCCGUAGAUACAAAUGAGAACGUAAGUCUCCAACAAGAGUCUGAAGUGGUUGAACUUGUGCAGAAGGUGGGAGAUGAGCUGCCUGCUGUGGAAAAAGACCAACCAACACCAGAAAUUGAAUUCGAGUCUGCGCACGCAGAUGUUGAGCUCGUCCAAUUGGAUGGAGCAGGUGUAGUUGUACCCAAACAAUGUGAAGCCUCUGCAAAAGCUGAUGAGGCACAAAAAGGGGAUGGUGUGGAGUUGGCUAAUGGAGCAACUGAAAAACACCUAAGCAACUUGGAGUCUUCUGGAGAGUUGUGUUCCUCAGAAGCUUCAGCUGAAGGAUGCACAGAAGAGCCUAAACUGGAAGUAGUUCCUGAAUCUGAAGGUGUAACUUUGGGGAGUGAGAUAAAAUUAUACUCUGGUUCUAUUGAUGAAUUUCAAACUGUGCAAAAUGAGACUGUGACCUUAACAACGGAGCCUUAUGUAGCUGAGAGUUCAGAGUCCCGUGAAGUGGCUUUCCCUGUGACUGCAGCUGCUGUAGAAGAACAGGUCAUUGCAGAGACUGUGGGAUCAGUGGUGACGCAGCUUCCAGAGCUGAGAGCUGUAGAUCAGCUUAUCCCAGCAGCUGAACCCGAUGUUAUUCUACACGGACCCGUAGUAGAAACUGCGGCUGCCAUUGUGGAGGUAGCGAUAGAUGCAGCGGCUGGCACCUUGGCAGACUCUGCUGUGGAAAGUGAAGUAGACUCGACUGUUGAUGGGCAGAAGCAACUGUUCUCCAGCACUGAGCAGCUCAUAGCUGACCUGGUUAAUCACAGAACUGAAGGAGAAGAACAGAAAUUGGCAUCCUUAGAAAUGGAGACUGAUGUAGAAGUCAGUCAAACCAGGACGAUGGAACAGUCAAGUACCAUGAUAACUGAGGACCCAAUGAAGGGUGUCAUGAAGUCAACUGAAAUAACAGAGGGACAAGUAGAUCCUGUUUCUUCUGAACAGGAUAAAGACAGUAAAAAGAUGUAUAAAGAUGUGGAAGAAAAGAUGCCAGAAGUACAAAUGAUCUCAACAGAAGAAAAGGAUGAUGAAAUUGAUGAUAGUGUGCAAACCCAAGACAGCAAGGGCACUGAAGCUUUAGAGCAAAAAGUAGUGGUAGUUCAUACAACUGAGUUGGUAAGUGAGAAAACUAUUGAGGGUGACCAGAAACCACUUGAGACUGAAGAUAUGGCAUCAGUGGAAAUGGAGAGAGAAACUAAUGAGUCUGUACUAGUGUCUGAUGGGUCAAAAGUGACUGAAGUAGAAUGUUGCGAGUCAUUGAAAACCCCUGAAGGAAGACCACCAUCUCUAGAACUGACUGAGGAAAAAGGCCAAUCUGUAAAAGCCAGUCAACAGGUUAAAGAACAAACAUCAAAAGCUGCAGAUGAGAAGUCGGAGAGUGAUGUGAUGGAAUCCAUUGGUCACAAAAAUGAUAAAGAAUCUGAUAAAAACCAGACAAUUGAAGCAGUUGAAAAACAAGAGAGUCAAGAAAUGCAAAGUGGACACCAAAUGGAUCAGUCCUCUACUUUAGAACGUGUAAAAGCUGCAGCAGAGCAAACAACAUCCUGAAGCAGAGCUCCAAACCCUUGUGAAAUACAGAAUGUGAAGGCAAAGAGGCUAUAGGAAUAUCGCACAACGCUACUGUGAUGAGACCAAGUACCACUGUUGAUCGACAAUCCCAAAAAAAUUUGCAAGCUAUAUCUACACAGUUAUUUAAAUGUAUCUUGCUUUUAGCCUGAUGAUAAACGUUAUGCUUAUUUUGAGGCAAUGCCCUUUCCUGUUUUCUCCAAAUGUGUAACAAUGUUGUCUGAACAUUGAAGGAAGGGGUAUUUGCUCAAAAAUCUAGGGAUGUUUCUUUGUAUCAUCAAAUUGCUUCUAUUUUAAUGUGAAAUUUAAUUCUAAUAUCUUAAAUAUAAUGUCUUGUUCAUUAAGGCUAUCACUUUUUCAAGAGAUUUGGAUUGGGACAACCGAAUUAACUUUAGUUGUCCAGGAGUUGGUUCUUAAUGUUAAAAGAUUGCAGUGGUGACAGCUUUUGAGUGAAACAGGUCUAUAGAAAUGGCAGCUACAACAAGCUACACUUGAUGGUAUUUCAUGAUUUGCUGUGCCUGUUUUCACCUUGGCAGUAGAUUGAAAUUGACCUCACCCAGGUCAUUUGGAAUAUCAAAGUGGACCCAAGGUUCGGCAAAGCUGACUUCCAUUCUGAGGAAUAACUCAAGAUUUGAAGUCAACCUUAUGGAGUAAAGAUAACUUCAGUGCAUUGCGCAAGGUUGAACCAUGCAAAAUUCACCAAAGCCUAGAUCCUGUUGCAUGUGUUCCAGAGGAUGAAACAUGACCAUUAUUUGGUUAAUGCCUUUAGCUGUUGGAUGAUGGGGGUGGGGGGUUGUAGCUUGCUAAAACUGAAGUGUUUGUUAAUGAAGGUGCAUUAAAUAGAGUUUCUAGUUGGUUUGUUUGGACUUCCAUAAAUGAUCUCCAAGAUGUGCCUUGCUGUUGCAUACAAUUAACGUUCCUGUCUGGAUGUUUCUUUUUGUCCUAUCUGUGACCCACCCCACCAUUCCAGCCCAACACUUUUCUUACUAAACUCCACCAUUUAAACAAGGUUCAAGCUGAUUUUAUUCAGGUUACCCUGUUCAACAUAUUUCCUCCCCCAUCCAUCCAAUUAAUAAACCAACACCCUAGCCUGUAACACUGUCACUGUACAGUUCCUGUCUUGUGUUAAUGUAAUUUACAGUAAAUGAAGUUAGAAAUGGUAACUACUGUAGACUUGUGUACUGCAUGAAUUUAACUUGAGCAGGAUCUAUGACCGAGAGACUGAGGUUACUCUCAUUAACACUGCUGUGCUUUUUAUAACUGUGAAAUUGACAUUUGUAUAAAUUGUAUUUGCUGUGUAUCUAAGCCAUAUUGGAAUAAUUAAAACACAACUUCUACAAAUAAAGUAAUAUUAGCAUUAA